UUUCCUCACUACGAAGUUAUGAAUAAUACUCCUGGGGCCAGGCAGGACUGCGAGGUAGAUUCCCAGACAACGAAGACCUCCAACGCUACAAGAACUCCCAACAUCAUCCUCAUGCUGGUGACAAUGAUGACUCUUGUUCUCGCUGAUGCCUUCAUGGUUGACGAUAUCACUGGCAAGACGGUCCAGAGCCCCGAGCCACGUUCUCUUCGUAUGCAGGUGGUGAAGGAGGUUCCCGAUAAUUGCUUGAGUCAUAACGACGGGUGGACCUAUUGCGCGUUCAUCCUCGAGGAUUUUAAUCAAGUCAAUGGUGGCACACGGCUCGUCUCUAGUAAGGGCGACUGGAAAACGCUCGACCUCGAGCUUGGAGUGCUUCUCGCGGCGGACUCGAGCCCGACCGAUGUGGGUAUUUAUGUCUCUGGUGUGAAUAUCUGGAAAUUUGAUAUUUUCUGUGGCAUCUCAGUUGAAGUUCAGUUAAGUGUGCCAACUAUCUCGAAGAACGGUGGGUAUGAUGCUGCUUCCUGGAAGGUAAUCGACUUCCCAGUGUCCCUGCAAACCUGGGUAACUGUCCCUCACUUUGGUACGGUGAAAGCGGAGAAGCAGGGCCAAGGCCAUGCGUCUGUGAAUUUGAACACAUCCAUGAACAGUAGGCAUGAGCUUUCGGUGGACAUCCAGGCGGACAACACCAGCACUCCACUAAACUCGAGCAUAGAGAUUAUUGUCAAGAAUAUUUACGUUCCGGAGGAUGAAGCAUGGCACUACAUAGCCUAUGCCUCUCUGGGUUUCAAUUUGCUCACAGAUGAUUUACAGAUCUCCUACCAGAAAGACACCCUCCUCUCUCAUAUUCGAAUCCCAUUCAAAUUUCCCCGUCGUUCCGGAUAGUCAAGGACUAUAACUACCACUAAUAGUGAUUCACUAUUCUUUCUUUAGUAUGGUGGUCUCGGCUCUUGAGCACAUGAGGUGCGCUUAUCGUUCUUGUUGCUUUUCAACAGUCGCAGUUGUCGAGAAAAUGUAUAAGAUAUAUGGUUACGUAUUUUACGAUAUUAGAAGGUAUGCCAGUCUGACGAACCGGAUAUUCGACUUUCACAUGUGACGGUUGUCAUGAAGUUGGUAUUUAUGUAACAUAAAUUAUUUUACAUACCACGAGAAGUCUGACUUGAUUCGUGAUCCCCGGUUCAUUCCGUCAUUAUCCAUCCGAUAAGGAUAGUAAACCAGUGG